AUGGCCGAGGAGCAGUCACACACCGCGCAAGAACAGGAUAUCAAUCCUUGGUCCGUGGAGGGUGCCCGCGACGAGAACGGAGAGGUGGUCGCCAUCAACUAUGAGGCCAUCUGUCGGAAAUGGAACACCUCCAUUAUUGACGAGAAGCUCCUUGAGCGCUUCGAGAAGGUGACCGGACACAAGCCGCAUCGCUGGCUCCGACGCGGCCUGUUCUUCAGUCACCGUGACUUCGACCGCAUCCUGACCCUCUACGAGCGCGGCGAGCCUUUCUUCCUCUACACCGGUCGUGGUCCCAGUACCGGCAGUCUGCACCUGGGUCACACCAUCCCCCUGCAGUUCACCAAGUGGCUGCAGGAUGUUUUCGACGUUCCCUUGGUCUUCAUGCUUACGGACGACGAGAAGGCUUUGUUCAAGGAUAGCAUAACGUUCGAGGAUGCCAUGCACUUCGCCAUGGAGAACGCUAAGGACAUUAUUGCCCUGGGAUUUGAUCUCAAGAAGACCUUCAUUUACAGCGACCUGAAGUAUGUUAGCAACCACUUCCUCAUGAACGCCUGGGAGUUCGGAAAGCUGGUCACUUUCAACCAAGUCCGUGGUGCGUUCGGCUUCAACGAGAGCACCAACAUCGGUCGCAUCUUCUUCCCCUCCCUUCAGUGUGUCGCCGCUUUCGCUACCUCCUACCCUGAGAUCUGGAAGGACGAGCCCUCCACCGAGCGUACCCAGGAGAUUGCCAACAUCCAGUGCUUGAUCCCUAUGGGUAUCGACCAGGAUCCCUACUUCCGUCUGCUCCGUGACAACGCCCACCGCAUGCGUUUCCCCUCACCCAAGCCCGCCUUGAUCCACUCCAAGUUCCUUACUGCCCUGCAAGGAGCCGGCGGCAAGAUGUCCUCCUCCGACCCCAACUCGGCCAUCUUCAUGACCGACACUCCCAAGCAGAUCAAGACCAAGAUCAACAAGUACGCCUUCAGCGGUGGCCAAGUCAGCAUCGAGGACCACCGCCGUCUGGGUGGAAACCCCGACGUCGACGUUUCCUACGUCUACCUUACCUACUUCGAGGAGGACGACGCCAAGCUGGAAGAGAUCUACAAGAACUACAAGAGCGGUGAGCUCCUGACUGGUGAGCUCAAGAAGAUGACCAUCGAGGUGCUGCAGCAGUAUGUUGCUGCGUUCCAGGAGAAGAGAAAGGAAGUCACCGACGAGGUGCUGGCGGCGUACAUGAAGCCCCGCAAGCUGGAGUGGAAGGGCAACCCCAACCCCGUCCCGGCCCCGGCCCCUGCCAUCCGCACUAAGAAGGAAAGCGCGUGA